AUGAAAUACCAUUUGUUCAACUCUCGCUUUGCAAGUGAGACGGCUCGGAUUCUGGUGGAAUUCCUGGAGGUUGCCAUCACUUCCAUUGUUUUCCUCAAAGGAGUUUAUCAGGAGCGACAUCCUCAGCUUAGAGAGUACAUUCACUCUGCUGUCACUGGACUACUCCCAUUUGUCCAUAAGGUUUCCACUGUCACUUGUUUCUUCUAUUUAUCAGAUUACCAGGUUAUUUAA